AUCGACAAUAUGGAGAGUAAUGUAGUAAUGCUUAUUGAUGACCUCAGAUGCAGCGAGGCGAAAAAGAAAGUCAAUGCCAUCCAACAAUUAGAUAAGAUAGCAAGAGUUAUUGGUCCAGAAAGAACAAAUUCAGAGCUAUUACCAUUCCUCAUGGACAUUGUUGAUGAUGAAGAUGAAGUACUCCUUGAACUUGCAAAAGCCUUGGGAAACUUUCUCGAGUAUCUUGGCGGAAAGAAAAAUUUUUCAGGACUCAUAAAGCCACUAGAGUCUCUUUGUACAGUUGAAGAAGGAACUGUCAGAACCCAAGCAGCGAAAAGCAUUAAGAAAAUUUUAAGUCAAAUAAGGGUGAAAGAUUUCGAGGAUGAUUUUAUCAAGCUCUUUGGAAGACUUGUCAAAGGAGACUGGUUCACUAGCAAAGUAUCAGCUACGGUUAUUCUGCCUUCGCUCUACCCAGAAGUAUCCCUAUCAGGCCAAAAGCAAUUAUUUAAAUUAUUCUCUCCUCUUUGUGAAGACAGUAUUCCCCAAGUGAGAAAAGCAGCAGCUAUUGCAUUAAAGGACUUGAUCCUCCACAUUCCUAAGGCUCCUGAGGCUGAUCUCCUUGAAUUAUUCGAAAAUCUUCAAAGGGACACUCAAGAUAUGGUAAAAAUGCAAGGAGUUGAAUGCUGAAUUAAUUUUGCUAAAGUACUUGAUACUUCGAAGUUCCAGAGAUAUAUUUCUCCAUACAUUAAAGCUUAUGCAGAAGAGAAGUCCUGGAGAACGAGAUAUCUCUUUGCAACUAAGAUUGAUGAAUUUGGAAAAGUUUUAGGCGAAGAAUUUACCAAUACAAAAUUGAUUUCGUAUUACUGAUCCUUCUUGAAAGAUCCUGAGAGCGAAGUCAGGACUGCUGCAGCCUCUAAAUUGUCUGAGUUAUCGAAAGUAUUGGAUAAAGAUUCCGUUCUUGAUUUGAUUGUUCCAACAUUCAAAGGAUUAGCAGAUGAUAGUUUCACUUAUGUUAGAGUAGCGCUUGCAGAAAAUAUGCUUUCUGUUUGUCCGAUUAUUGGAAAAUCCCAGACUAAUGAUCAUAUUAUUCCUGUUUUCUUGCAGUUUUUGAGAGAUACUGAAUCUGAGGUGAGGCUUGCUGUAUUCAAAAAUCUGAUCAAUCUGAAUAAAGUUAUUGGCUUAGAAUCUCUCUCUGCUAGUAUUAUUCCGGCCAUCUCAGAACUUUCAGGAGAUAAGAACUGGAGAACAAGAGUUUCAGUCAUUGAAAUGCUUCCUCUACUGGCUGAGCAACUGGGUGAAGAAGUUUUCAAAGAAAAACUUCUCAAAAUGCUUCUAGAAUGGCUAUCAGACCCAAUUUUUAGCAUUAGAGAGCACACAAUGAUUGCUAUAAAUAAUCUUGGUCUAAUUUUUGGGAAUGCAUGGGUAGAGUCAAGCGUUCUGCCCACACUGCUGAGCUUCGAAAACAAUGAGAACUACUUAUUCAGACAAAUCCCUUUGAUAGCAUUCAGGAACUUAUCUGGCUGCCUUAGCCCAGAGUUUUACUCGGAGAAUGUGUUCCCUGUAUUGAGCACCUUUGCGACUGACAAAAUCAUCAACAUCAGAAUGAACGUGUCCAGAGUCAUAAUGGAGUUCUCCCAUAAGCUAAAAGGAACUGAGGCUGAAGAGAAAACUGUUAGUUUACUUAAUGCACUGAAGAACGAUCCUGAAUUUGAUGUUUCCUAUUUUGCAAUUCAGGCUCUCAGGAAAUUUGAAUAAGUUGCCAUAUGCUCAUGAUUAAAUAUUUUGUUG